AUGUCACAACGACUGACUCCAACAACAAGGAAUCAGACGACCUCAACCCACCUAGAAGUCAUGGAGGUGAUCAGGGUUGUGGUCUGGAUUACGAGAAGCAGCACCUCUUGCCCAACGACACCCCGAAAAAACAAGACGUUCCUGAAAUCCGCCGGCAAUGUGAUGAAUCACAUCGACGAACCCAACAGAAAGACAACACUAGAGAGCCAAGAGUUCAGGUUCAUCAGGGCGGUGCAGUCACUGCGUAAGAUACUCCCAGACAAAGAGCAGACUGGCAUGCAUAGUGACAGCAUUAAUAAUGAAUCACAAGAGAUGUAUACGGUCAAUAAUGGUCGAGCCUCGAGUACUGGUAUGUGUGAAUCUUCGCUUAUGGAAACAGCUCCUCAGAUAGAGGUAACUGAGAAUCAGACUUCGAGGAAGAAACCGCGAGUACUUAAAGCGCCAUAUUACCUGAAGAACAGGGAACGAAGCGGAAAGCAUAUUGAUGCUGUUGAAAACACACCUACGCAAGCUAUGAAUCCAGACACAAUCCCUGACGGUUCCGGAAAGCCUCGGAAAACCAUAACCGGUAAAGCAGUCGAAGACCAUAGCACAAUAGAGUUAUACCGAGUAGAAGAGCGACAAGCUUCGCAAAUACCUGAUUAUGGGGCAGAAACGAGCCGUGAUAUCCCACCCGGUACUUUAUCCUCAAGCCCGUCAUCAUCCUCGUCCUCAGGAGAAGAACAAUUGUGGCCCGAGGAAGCGUAUAGCUACGAAUGCGCCCAACCUUAUACUCCGGGAAUAGAUCGGUCGAGAAGCAAGUCAACUAAUUCUUCUGUGGAGGUAGAUGCUCGCGAUGGGAGCCGAGAAGUCUCGCAAAAUAAGAUGUCCUGCAAAGCUAAAGUAGGCAAUACUCGAGAUGGACAGUCCGACCCUCACAGCACGUCGACCGGUGACAUUGAUCCUGCUCGCGCCAAUGACUUCAUCGAAAUGCAGCUAAGAAGGUUAAGAUCCUCGUCCCAGCCUUCAUACACUGCUCUAGAGACCAUAUCGGAGGAGUCUGAUGGAGAAGUGAAGUCCAUGGCUGAUGACCAUGGCGAACAUUCGAUACGUGGAAGACGAAAACUAAAAUUUGCACAUUCGAUUCCGGCCGAGGCAGGCUUCAAUCUUGAGGUUGUGCAGCGAGACACAUCGUUGCAUCAACGGGUUAUGUCACUGAACCUGGCAGAUCCCGGCGAAGGAGCAAGAGAUGCAAGAAAUUCAGAGACAGAAGGAUCGGAGCAGCCGGAGACAGACGGAGAUGAAAGCGCUUCCCUUGACCAAGCUGGACUAUCGGUGCCGCCAGCUACUUGCAAUAGUUCGACAAGCCCGGGAGAUGGUGAUAACACUACUUAAACACAUCGAAGAAAAAGCAAUACUGAAAGAGCCAAGAAGACUACCAAGGGUCGACAUCCCGGAUGAACAGGCGCGACAGCAUGAUAGGAACAAGCGUACCGAUCUUGCGUCC